UAGACGUACGUAGCUCGUGCCAAAGCUGGCAUCUUCCUCAGUUGAAGGAGGAUCUGGUCCGAAGAAGACGGUGAAAGAGAAAUGCCAGGAGCAAAAGCGCAAGCGAGGUAGCGUACGUACGGUCGUGGCCUUGCUCCCCUCCACACACGUCGCGCAUGCACGCGUGGCGCCCAGACACGUGCCCGCGCUCGCACGUCCCUCUCCGCGCCUUUAACUCCUCCCCGCCAUUUCCCAGCCACCACAGUGCCAUCUCGACACCUCCGAGCUGCCCCGACUCCUCAAAGCCACGCGUCGCGCGACUAGGCCGUGCGUAGGAGCAUGGCAGAUCGACAGCAGCACGUGCACGGCGAGGGCGUGUCCCCGGCGGACUCGUCAGCGACGCUGCUCCGGCGGGUGCAGACCCACGCGCCCAACUCCAAGCAGGUGGUCGGCUUCCUGACGCUCCUCGUCUCCGGCGCCGUGCUCCUCCUCUUGACGGGGCUCACGCUGACGGGCGCCGUCGUCGCGCUCGUCUUCCUGGCCCCGCUCGCGCUGCUGACCAGCCCCAUCUGGGUGCCCAUCGCCAUCGUGCUCUUCGUCCUCGUCGCGGCCGCGCUCUCCGCCUGCGGCUUCGUCGUCGCCGCGCUCGCGGCGGGAACGUGGAUGUACCGGUACUUCACGGGGCGCCACCCCGUGGGCGCCGACCGGGUGGACUACGCGCGCAGCCGGAUCGCCGACACGGCCAGCCACGUCAAGGACUACGCAAGCGAAUACGGCGGGUACCUGCACAGCCGCACCAAGGACGCCGCGCCGGGCGCCUAGGCGCACGCCGGCGCCACGGAGCAUGUCGCCGUUACGUUAGGUCGCUGAAGCUUUUUUGCUCGUGUUCUUUGUACUCUCUCGUGCCGUUAAUCUCCUCUGCUUUUCAUAAGGUUGGUGUUCUUUUGUAGAGUGAAUUAGUUGGAUCUAGUGCUGAUCAAAUGGGCGAUUCGGCACGGCAUGGCCCGAGUCAGAAAUGGCAUAGCCCGUUUAGGCACGGCUUGGUUUGGCCUGUUAACCAACGUGCCGUGUCGGUCUGCUUGUUGAGCCGUCAGCCCAAGGCCGUGGCACGAUAGGACGUGGAAAAUCAGAAAUAAAAAAUAAAA